AUGGUUGACCCGAGAACUAAGCUUUAUUCGGGGGGCAAUAUUAAGAUUCAGUCCCAGCCCGUUCGGAUUUUGAAGUCUGGAGAAUGCCCCUGUGUACUCAGCAUGGGCAGGGUCUGGGGAGGUGGGAAGUUUUGCAAAAUAGUUCUCAGUAAAGUUGGACCUAGCGCAGCAUCUGAUCCGGAGACAAUUGUGCUGGACCUCUGUGCAAACCGACCCUCCGCAGAAGACAAGUUCAGGGCUUUCUUACGACACCAUGUAAAAACUUCGAUGCAGCUGCGCCCAUCUCUGGGCCCCGAGGAGUACGAAUGGGUCCGAGAAGUUGAGUCUGCAAUCACUGUCACCGAACUCUGGAAAGCCUUGGUACGCGACUUCGACAGUGGCUUCUUACAAAUCAAGCGACGCGAGGAGCCCGAGAAGACCUCUUCCUACUCGCUUAAGUUCACUGAUACCUCGCAAGGUAGCGGCUCUGUGUGGAAAGUGUCGAAGGUCUGA